AUGUCAACAAUCCUUUUUCUAUUAAAUACCUCCUUUCUACUUGGCUUAUUAGGCCUAUCAUUUCAUCGCACUCAUCUUAUAUCCAUUCUUAUCUGCAUUGAAGCAAUAAUACUAACGCCAUACUUAAUAAUGACGACACUUAUAUCUUCUACGAAUACUCCAACUACUGCCAUACUACCCAUCCUACUUUUAGCUCUAUCAGCCUGUGAAGCCAGCACAGGACUCGCUCUUUUAGUUGCUACAACUCGAACACAUGGAACAGACCACAUGAAAACUCUCAAUCUCCUAAAAUGUUAA